AUGCAGGCGCGGGCGCUGCUGCUGGCCGCGCUGGCCGCGCUGGUGCUGGCCCGGGAGUCCGCGGCCGCGCCGCCGUGCCCCGCGCGCUGUGACGUGUCCCGCUGCCCGAGCCCGCGCUGCCCCAGCGGCUACGUCCCGGACCCCUGCAACUGCUGCCUAGUGUGCGCCGCGGGCGAGGGCGAGCCCUGCGGCCGCCCCCUCGACUCGCCGUGCGGGGAGAGCCUGGACUGCGUGCGCGGCCUGUGCCGCUGCCGCUGGGCGCACCCGGUGUGCGGCACGGACGGGCGCACCUACGCCAACGUGUGCGCGCUGGAGGCGGCCAGCCGCCGCGAGCUCCAGCUCUCGGGGACGCCCGUGCGCCAGCUGCAGAAGGGCGCCUGCCCCUCGGGUCUCCACCAGGUGAUCAGCCCCCGGUACAAGUUCAACUUCAUCGCUGAUGUGGUGGAGAAGAUCGCGCCAGCCGUGGUGCACAUCGAGCUCUUCCUGAGGCACCCGCUGUUCGGCCGCAACACGCCGCUGUCCAGCGGCUCCGGCUUCAUCGUGUCGGAGGCCGGCCUGAUCAUCACCAACGCCCACGUGGUGUCCAGGAAGAACGCCGUCUCGGGCCGCGAGCAGCUCCGGGUGCAGCUGCAGAAUGGGGACGCCUACGAGGCCACCGUCAAGGACAUUGACAAGAAGUCCGACAUCGCCACCAUCAAGAUCCACCCCAAGAAAAAGCUGCCGUUGCUGCUGCUGGGCCGCUCGGCGGACUUGCGGCCCGGCGAGUUCGUGGUGGCCAUCGGCAGCCCGUUCGCCCUGCAGAACACGGUGACCACGGGCAUCGUGAGCACCGCCCAGCGCGACGGCAAGGAGCUGGGCCUGCGCGACUCCGACAUGGACUACAUCCAGACCGACGCCAUCAUCAACUACGGGAACUCCGGGGGACCCCUGGUGAACCUGGAUGGUGAGGUCAUUGGCAUCAACACGCUCAAGGUGGCGGCCGGCAUCUCCUUCGCCAUCCCCUCCGACCGCAUCUCGCGCUUCCUCACCGAGUUCCAAGACAAGCACGUGAAGGACUGGAAGAAGCGCUUCAUCGGCAUCCGCAUGCGCACGGUCACCCCCAGCCUGGUGGAGGAGCUGAAGGCCAACAACCCCGACUUCCCGGCCGUCAACAGCGGGAUCUACGUGCAGGAGGUCGUCCCCAACUCCCCGUCUCAGAGGGGCGGCAUCCAGGAUGGUGACGUCAUCGUGAAGGUGAACGGGCGGCCGCUGUCGGACUCGAGCGAGCUGCAGGAGGCCGUGCUGACCGAGUCCCCGCUGCUGCUGGAGGUGCGGCGGGGCAACGAGGACCUGCUCUUCAGCAUCGCGCCCGAGGUGGUCGUGUGAGCCGCGCCCACCGCGCCGCAGACGGAGGACCGCCCGGCGCCCAGGGCCCGGGCCCCGCAUCGCAGCCUUGGGGAGCGUUGGGCCCAGGGAGCCGGAUGUCCCCUCCCCUCGUACAGGUGCUCCUAGGCUCCCUGCGUGCCAGGAUGGUGCUCAAGCCCCGCCCUUCCUGCAGGUGCACCUGGCCCCAGCCCCUGCCUCGAACCUGCUGAGGGGCUCACCUGCCCCGCCCCUCACUCAGCCUCACUCUCACCUGCUUCAGGCCCGGCUCCCAAGCCGCCUCCUCCCCUCACACCCCCCCCCAGCCGUCCCCCACCCCGCGCUGUGACAGGGGCUGCGCGCCCUGCCGCCUGGCGUCCUGGAGAGUGAGUGGCCUCUGACCCCUGGAAGAGCCAGCCCCGGAGAGGCCCGGGCUGGAGCAGGAGCCCAGUGGCCGCCCCCUGCUGCUGAGCCGCGCUGUCCCGGCCAUGAGGGGCUCCCCGGCCCCCAGGCUGCGGGCAGCCAGCAGGGAGGAGAGGGCAUCUCACACGCAGGCCUGUCCUCCCUGGUGACCGUGGGGCGGGCAGAGGGAUCUGGGACCUGCUGGGGACUGAGCCGGCUGCCCCUCCCGCGGCGGCUCUGGGUCCCAGGACCGGCGCCUCUCGCGUCCGGCUGGGGGCACGCCGUGCAUCGAGGGGCCCUGUGUGAAUCCGCUCCCGUGUGGCCUGUACUGUGUGUUUCUCUACUGUAUGGAAAUUAAAGUUUACGAGCACUCGGC